CCCGCUUCUCUCCGCGGGGCAGAGAUCUUCCUCUGUGCCCCGCCGGGUACCCCUAGUCCAAACCUCUCUCAACGACAUGGAAGAAUUUUUGCAACGCGCCAAAUCUAAACUGAAUCGAAGCAAACGCUUGGAGAAGGUCCAUGUGGUUCUUGGACAUAAAUCGUGUGACUUGGAUUCUCUCAUUUCUGCCUUCACAUACGCUUACUUUCUAGACAAGGUCAGUCCGCCUGGAGUUCUCUGUUUGCCAGUGCUGAACAUACCAAGAACUGAAUUCAAUUACUUCACCGAGACAAGGUUUAUUUUAGAAGAGCUGAAUAUCUCUGAAUCAUUCCACAUAUUCCGAGAUGAAAUUAAUCUGCAUCAGCUAAAUGAUGAAGGGAAGUUAUCUAUAACGCUUGUUGGCAGCAACGUGCUGGCGAGCGAGGACAAAACUUUAGAAUCAGCGGUUGUCAAAGUCAUUAAUCCGGUGGAGCAGAGCGAUGGCGGGCUUGAGUUCCGAGAGUCUUCCUCUUCCCUUGUGGUGAAGGAGAUUCUCCGGGAGGCUCCUGAGCUCAUCACCGAGCAGCUGGCUCAUCUCCUCAGAGGUAGCAUCCUUUUCAAGUGGAUGACCAUGGAGUCCGAGCAGAUCUCAGAGAAGCAGGAGGAAGUUCUCUCUAUCCUGGAAGACAGAUUUCCCAGCUUACCUCCAAGAGAGGACAUUAUCAACAUCCUGCAGGACACCCAAUUCAACGCUCAGGGGUUAAGUAUUGAACAGACAAUGCUGAAGGAUCUAAAGGAACUGUCAGAUGGAGAAAUAAAAGUGGCCAUUAGUACUGUGAACAUGAUGCUUGAGAACUGUAUGUUUCACAGCAAUAUCAGCAGUGACUUGAAAGCAUUUGCAGACAAGUUCGGCUAUGAUGUCCUCAUCCUCCUGGCCAGCUACCUGUCAGAGGAAGAGCAGCCGAGACGACAGAUUGCUGUGUACUCCCAGAACCUCGAGUUGUGCAGUCAGAUCUGCUGUGAACUGGAAGAAAGCCAGACCCCUUGCCUGGAGCUGGAGCCCUUUGAAUGUGGCUGUGAUGAGAUCCUGGUGUACCAGCAGGAGAACCCUUUGGUGACCUGUGAUCAGGUGGUUCUUCUUGUCAAGGAAGUCAUCAACAGGAGGUGUCCAGAGAUGGUCUCCAACAGCCGGACGUCCUCGACAGAAGCUGUGGCAGGCAGCGCCCCGCUGUCCCAGGGAUCUUCCGGGAUUAUGGAGCUAUACGGUUCUGACAUAGAGCCCCAGCCCAGCUCCGUGAAUUUCAUAGAAAACCCUCCAGAUCUGAAUGAUUCUAACCAGGCUCAGGUGGAUGUAAACAUCGACCUUGUCAGUCCAGAUAGCGGGUUGGCCACCAUUAGGAGCAGCCGUUCAUCCAAGGAGAGCUCGGUUUUCCUCAGUGAUGACAGUCCAGUGGGAGAAGGGGCAGGGCCUCACCACAGCCUUCUCCCAGGGUUUGACUCCUAUAGUCCCAUCCCCGAAGGAGCAGUACCGGAGGAGCACGCCCGGUCUGGAGAACACAGUGAAGCCUUUGACCUCUUCACCUUUGACCCAGCACCCCUGGCUUCUGGGCAGUCCCAACCAUCUUCUCAUUCUGCAGACUACUCUCCCACAGAUGACUUCUUCCCCAAUAGUGAUUCAUCAGAAGGACAACCCCCGACGGGGCCUAAAGAAAUCAAUGGGAUAGGGACGGACCUGUCCAAAUAUUCAUCCAGUUCGCUUCUGUCAGAGGCUGGCAAAGAUAACCUUGUGGAAUUUGAUGAGGAAUUUGUUCAGAGACAAGAAAGUCCCAAGGAUAACUCUGAAAGAAAAGUGAGCCUGACAGGUUUUAUGGAAGGUAAGUCUCCUUCCCCAGAAAGGCUGAAAAGUAUUGGAAAGAGGAUCCCACCAACACCUAUGAACAGCUUUGUAGAAAGCUCACCAUCCACAGAAGAACCAGCCCUACUCUAUCCAGAAGAUGUGACCCCAAAAGCAGUAGACACGGGUCACCUAGGGCCACCUCAGACCCGUGCGCGGUGCAGCAGCUGGUGGGGUGGUUUGGAAAUUGACUCUAAAAAUAUUGCGGAUGCAUGGAGUUCCAGUGAACAAGAGUCUGUCUUCCAGAGCCCCGAGUCAUGGAAAGACCAUAAGCCAAGCCCAGUUGAUAGGAGAGCCUCAGAUUCUAUAUUUCAACCAAAGAGUCUCGAAUUCCCAAAGUCAAGUCCCUGGGAGCCUGAAUUUGGUCAGCCUGGGCUGGGCAGCAAUAAUAUUCAAGACCCAAACGAGGACCACUUGCAGUUUCAGAGCAUGCCCACAGAGAAAUCGAGUUUGCCCAGUGCUUCUCCUCAGGGAACAAACCACCUGAUAGAAGACUUUGCUGCCCUGUGGCGUUCUGAUCGCUCUCCCACAGCGAUGCCGGAGCCGUGGGGAAACCCCACAGAAGAUGGGGAAUCAGCUGCUGUGGUGUCAUUCCCAGGCUGGAGUGCAUUUGGUAAAGAAGAGGGUGCCAAAGCCUUGACAAAUAACUGGAAUCUGCAUCCCACGAGCGGCGAGACACCUUCUGCAAGGGACCCGAGUGAAUGGGCCAUGGCAAAAAGUGGGUUUUCUUUUCCUUCGGAAGACAAUUCACCCAGUGAAGCAAAUAAUGAAGCAGCUCCAGAAAUCUGGAGCAAGAAGAACCACGACUCCAGGGAUAAUAUCCUUAUAUCUGGAAAUCCCAGAUCCAAUCUGGAUCAUGCGUGGAAUAAUUCUAAACCAACAAAGGAAGAUCAGAAUGGCUUAGUGGAUCCACAAAUCAGGGGGAAGGAGUAUGAAAAGGUAGACUCCUGGAACCUUUUUGAGGAAGGUAUCAAGAAAGGAGGGUCAGACGUCCUGGCGCCGUGGGAAGAUUCUUUCUUAUACAAAUGUCCCGAUUACAGUGCAUCCAACAUAGGGGAAGAUUCGGUGCCCUCCCCCUUAGAUACCAACUACUCCACAUCUGACUCCUAUACUUCGCCAACAUUUGCUGGAGAAGAAAAAGAAACAGAAAACAAGCAAUUUGCUCAAGAGGGAGGGUCUGAGUCCAAAGAUGCUAACUCUGCCACCAGGGAGACUGAAAUGCCUCCCCAGUCACCCCAGCAGCCACCUAGAAAUCGAAUUAGUUCAGGUCCUGGGAACCUAGAAAUGUGGGGCUCACCUGAUGCAGAUAAAAGUUCUGAAGCAAAUGUCACUUACAGCUCCGAUAGGGAUUUACUCGGGACGGAGCCCACAGAUGAUAAGAACAUCUCCAUGGAGGACGACCUCGGGGAAAGCAGCCUGUCCAGUUACGACGACCCCAGUGUGAUGCAGCUGUACAAUGAAACAAAUCGACAGCUCACGCUCCUACACAGCAGCACUAACUCCCGCCAGAUGGCCCCUGACAGCCUUGACCUGUGGAACAGAGUGAUUCUGGAGGACACGCAGUCCACUGCGACCAUCUCUGAUAUGGAUAACGAUUUGGACUGGGAUGACUGUAGCGCAGGUGUGGCCAUCUCCAGCGAAGGUCAAGCACAAGGAUAUGCGACUGAAAGCACCGAACCAGAAACCCGAUUUUCAGUGAGACAGCUGGAGCCAUGGGGUGUGGAGUAUCAGGAAGCAAAUCAGGGAGACUGGGAACUCCCUGCUUCUUCUGAGCACAACAAGGACACUCUGGCCAAUGAGUAUCACACGUUGAAUGAAAAAAGUGGACAGCUGAUCGCAAAUAGUCUUUGGGACUCCGUCAUGAGAGACAAUGACAUGUCUUCAUUAAUCUUACCAGGCCCAUCAUAUGUUACGGGUUCUGAACAACACAGAUCUCCUCCCGGAACUCCCAGCUCAUCAGAAAAAAUUAAAGACAGUUGUAUCCCAGAUGUGCUAGAAACCUCUGGAGCCAAUGAGUCAGAUGCCCUUGAUCCCGAUAAGCAGGACACAUGCAGAGGAACCUUGCCAAGUGAUGCAACAUCCUUGGCAACCAACCUUGAGAAUCCAGGGCAUUUUGGACACUCCGAUCCAUGGAGAGGUCCUAGCUUUGGACAAAGCAAAAGUGAGGAGGAAGCCCAUGGAGCCACUGCUAGAGAGCACCUCUGUGAGGAGGAGACGUUGGAUGGAGCUUCGGAGAGGUCUGGAAAAGGGCAAAGCGACCAAGAAGGCUCUUCCCCAGUUGUAUCUGCACAUCAAGAAAUCUGUGAUGAAUCUGGCAAAAUCAGCUCUCUUUCAGUCCCUUCCAGUCCUCAGACUGAGGAGCCCCAGGAGGUUUUAGAGCAUGAGAGGGAGUCUUACAGUCCAGAUCCCCGCGAUGUGCACACAGAAGUGCCCACAAAUGACCUGCAGGCGGAAGAGACCUGUGACAACCACCUCACGUAUCACAGAAAUUCAGAGGAAGCCACUGACACUUCCGGUGGGCUUGGGCUGAAUUUAACAAAAACUGUAUCUUUACCUGAAAUGGAUCUCGAGAAAACUGAAGAGUGUAACAUUCUGGAACCAGAGAGAGUGAACCAAGAGCCACCCCGUGAAUGUCCCCAAAGCCUUGACAUUUGGGAUGGCUCUGUAGAUAACGACGUGCAGGUCAAUUUCCCAAAUUCUGAGAUUACUAAGAAUCUUGAAGUUGAAAGUACUGAAAACAGCCUUCCAGGAGCUAUUUCGUCAGGAAAUUAUCGCAGAGAUAGUAUUUCUAGUGAGUAUACACACUCGAGUGCAUCGAGCCCUGGCCUAAAUGAUUCUUCAGCUCCAUUGCCUUCCUGGGACCAUGGACCAAAUAUGGGGGAUCAGGAGCAGAAUCAAGAUGACUGGAGCAAACAGAGCCACCAAGAGUCUGAACUAAUUACUACUGAUGGCCAAGUAGAAGCAAUUACUGAAAUGGAGGACCUGGGCAAAAACAAAAUGGACAAGUUUGAGAAGAGCUUAGAUCUCAAGGUUCCUAAAUUUUUAGAGAUUUGGAAUGACUCAGCAGAUGGUGAUUCCUUUUCCUCUGUAUCCAGCCCUGAGACAGGCAAAUAUUCUGAACAUUCCGAUGCAUAUCGGGAAAGAAAUCUAGUAGUUAGCCAUCAGGAGAAAAAUGACGAAGACCUUCCUACAACUGUGCAGCCAGAGGAUGCCUUCAUUUCAACAAGCUCAGGCUCUGAUGAUGACAGCAUAGGUGAUGAAGAGUCAGUGGAGAAAGAGAUCCAUUUGGGCACUUGCCAAGUUGCUCAGAGUGAACCCAGAGCUUGGGAUUCACUGAAUGAACCUAAUCUGGUAUUGGUCACUGCUGACCCCAAGUCUGGGGAAUGUCCUGCGUAUGGAGGCAAUUCAGAAUCAACAGAGAACAAGUCAGACCCGUUCUGUGAUGAUCAACAAAGCAGCCCCUAUCACUGGAAUUUCUCACCGCUAAAGGAGACUGAACUACAGGUUACAGCAGUGGAUAUGGAGAUGAGAUCUUCUCCUGAAACAGGGAAGACGGGAGAUACCAUCUGGCAGAUAUCUCCCACAAGUGAAUCAAAGAAUGAGAAUUAUUCCAAGUUGGAAAUGCUUGGCUUCUCAGCUGAGAGCACCGAGUGGUGGAAUGGCUCUCUACAGGAAGGACGACCCAUUGAGAACACAUUUGAAAGGGAAUUGCCUAACUCAAGUAGUGUGUUAGAGAUGAGUUCUUCAGUAUACCACAAAGUGAGUCCCUGGGGAGUACCCAUCCAGGGUGAUAUUGAACCCAUAGAAAUGCAUUGCACUAAUCCCUUCAGUGAUGAACAUCUGUCACCCUUUCUGGAUAGCAAUGAGGAGAGCUCCCAUGAGCAACUCUGGAACAUUCAACCAAGACAGCCAGACCUGGAAGCUGAUCAGCUUGGCCAGCUUGUAAUAUUGGACCAAAUUAAAGAAAAGGAUUCUAGAGAGCAAACCUUCGUGUCUUCUGCUGGCGAAGAGCUGACUUCUGAAACACCUACCCAAGAUAGCCAGUGUCAGAACACAGUGCUGUCCAUCUGGGAUCAGCCAGACGCAACAUUUACUCCCACAGAUGAAAAUGAAUGUGUUGUAUCUAAUGUUUUGACUGUGGAAUGUCAAGAAACAAAUUGGUGGGAAGAAGAAAAAUCAUACUCCAGUGAAAUAACAAAUUCAAGCAUUGCCUCAGGAGAUUUCCCGGCUGUCAGUUCUUCUGCCCAGUUGAUAAAGAAGUCAGGCUCUGAGUGGGAUAUCUCUACUUCUAGUGAGGGCCCCCAAGGCACAUUUGUUCCAGAUAUUUUACAUGGCAACUUCCAGGAGGGUGGGCAACUGGCCUCGGCGUCGCCUGAUUUGUGGAUAGAUGCUAAGCAGCCCUUCGGUUUGAAAGCAGAUGGUGAGAAUCCAGAUAUACUGACCCACUGUGACCAUGACAGCAAUUCUCAGGCUUCCAACAGCCCUGAUAUAUGCCAUGGUUAUGAAGCAAAGCAAGAGACUGAGCAGCUCAUCAGGGCUGGAGUGGGACCGGAAGGGGAAGCCAGUGAGUUAUAUCUCACUGAGCCAAAGAUGGACGAAGAGCACAAUCAGGAGCCUGGGCAGGAAUUUAUCCCGUACAAUUCAGAACUCUGUUCUGAAAAUGUAAUUCCACUGCCUCCGAUCAGUGAUCAAGUGAACCUAAGUGGCUCAUCUCAGCCUACCUCUCGCGAAGGUUCUCCUGAACCCUCUGAAAUAAACAGUGAAAACAAUACAGGUUUAAAAACAUCAGAGAACGUUGCUGCCUCUGAUGUAGCACCAACUUUGGAACUCGCUGACAGAACAAUCCCAAUGAUUGACAGCAUGGGGACCGGUAUUUCUGUAACUCUCCAGGAGCCUAUAAUGGACAGCAACAGCUUGUUGAUGUCAGAGGGCUUCUCUCCUGAAAGCCAGACAGAUGUAGGAGCCUUGUCGGACCAUGAGCAACUUUUUGCUACUGAGAAUUCUGUCACUGUUCCUGAUGCCCUGCUAGCCUCAGACACUUGUCUGGACAUUAGCGAAGCUGCCUUUGACCACAGUUUCAGCGAUGCCUCAGGUCUUAACACAUCCACGGGCACAAUAGAUGACAUGAGUAAACUGACAUUAUCAGAGGGCAAUCCAGAAACACCAGUCGACGGGGAUGCAGGGAAGCAAGAUAUCUGUUCAUCCGAAGCCUCUUGGGGUGAUUUCGAAUAUGAUGUCAUGGGCCAAAAUAUCGAUGAAGAUUUAAUGAAAGAGCCUGAAUAUUUUCUCUAUGGUGGUGACCCUCCCUUGGAAGAAGACCAACUGAAGCACCCGCUGGCACCUUACACACCUCCCUUUGAUUUGUCCUAUCUCACAGAACCUACUGUUGGUGUCAAAACAACAGAGGAACCUGGUUCUCCAGAGGAUGAGUCCCUAGGGAGCGAAGCGGCCGAGAUGCUGCUUUCUGCCCUUCCCGAUCAAGAAGGCAAGGAAAAUCACGCCGAGACCCCAGACCGACAGCCUGGCCAACUGGUUGUCCUGCAUAUUCAUGAAGACCCUGAGUCCGUUUCUUUGGAAGUAGGAGCUGACUCCAACCUUGAAUUGUCUCCGUCACACAUCGACUGGGAAGUAGAAACAGAUAAUUCGGAUUCGCCAGCAGGUGGAGACGUAGGACCAGCAAAUGGUGCCAGCAAGGGAAUAUCAGAAUUGGAAGAAGAAAAAAUAACUCCUACCAAAGGGCCUGAGCAGGUAACAGCAGAAUGCAGGGAAGAAAGGUGCCAGGAGAAGAAUGAAGACGAUCAUGGACCACACAUGGAUUACAUACUUGUAAACCACGAAGAGAAUUCACCCGCAAAGCCAGAGACCUGUGAAGCGAGAGAAAACACAUCUGAAUUCGAAGAGUUUCACACAGGUUCUGAAGAAGCAGAGGUGUCAGGAACUCAGCUGGCCGGCUUCCCAGAUUCAUGUCAGCUUGUCUCCUCAGCUGAAAGACGAGAUCAUUCUGCAGAGAGAAGGUCUCCCCAAAGUGAUAGGAGAUCAUCUCCUGAAAGUCCUGGGCAAGACCAGACUUGGAUGGUCGUGGGCCAUAGGGAGGUGGCUGAUCAGUCGUCGGAAGAUAGGAACUCAGGACCUGGAGGGGCUGGCAAAGAUGCAGAGUCAACCUCUGAUGCUGGCUUGGGCGAGGGUCCCCAGAUUCAAGUUCUAGGAGGAAUGAAGCCUCUGGAAUCUUUAGCGCUGGAAGAGGCCUCUGGUCUGGGCAGCCAGUCACGGAAGAGCAAGAGGUGCGGCGAGGCUGACCCAGAUGCAGUUAUGAUGCAGGCUGUCACCCAUGACAAUGAAUGGGAAAUGCUUUCACCGCAGCCUUCUCAGAAAAACACGAUCCUUGAAACGGAAAUGGAGGAAGAGACAGAGUUUCUUGAGCCCAGAACAAGGACACCGAGACCGAACGGACUGCUGUCAGAGGAUGUAGGCAUGGACAUCCCCCUGGAGGACGGAAUGCUGAGUCCCAGUGCUGCAGACAUGAGGCCUGAACCUCCCAAUUCUCUGGAUCUUAAUGACACCCAUCCUCGCAGAAUCAAGCUCACGGCUCCAAAUAUCAAUCUUUCUCUGGACCAAAGUGAAGGGUCUAUUCUCUCUGAUGACAACCUGGACAGUCCUGAUGAAAUCGAUAUCAAUGUGGAUGAACUUGAUACCCCUGAUGAAGCAGAUUCUUUUGAGUACACUGGGCAUGAAAGUUCCACAGCUAACAAAGAUUCUGGCCAAGAGUCCGAGUCCAUUCCAGAGUAUACUGCGGAGGAGGAGCGGGAAGACAACCGGCUGUGGAGGACGGUGGUGAUCGGAGAACAGGAGCAGCGGAUUGACAUGAAGGUCAUCGAGCCCUAUAGGAGAGUCAUCUCUCACGGAGGAGAUUCAGGAUACUAUGGGGACGGCCUAAAUGCAAUCAUUGUGUUUGCUGCCUGUUUUCUGCCAGAUAGCAGUCGGGUGGAUUACCACUAUGUCAUGGAAAAUCUUUUCCUAUAUGUAAUAAGCACGUUAGAGCUGAUGGUAGCUGAAGACUAUAUGAUUGUGUACUUGAAUGGUGCAACUCCCAGGCGCAAGAUGCCUGGGCUGGGCUGGAUGAAGAAAUGCUACCAGAUGAUUGACAGACGGUUGCGAAAGAAUUUGAAAUCAUUCAUCAUUGUUCAUCCAUCGUGGUUCAUCAGAACGGUUCUUGCAGUGACUCGACCGUUCAUAAGUUCAAAAUUCAGCAGUAAAAUUAAAUAUGUCAAUAGCUUAUCGGAACUCAGUGCACUGAUCCCAAUGGACUACAUCCAUAUUCCAGAGAGCAUCAUCAAACUGGAUGAAGAACUGAGAGAAGCGUCAGAAGCAGCUAAAACUAGCUGCCUUUACAAUGAUCCAGAAAUGUCUUCUAUGGAGAAGGAUAUUGACCUGAAGCUAAAAGGAAAGCCCUAGUUGGCCCCCCCGGCUGGAAGAAAAGAAUGUUCUUCUGCUUCAUGAUUCUGCUGAAACAUAUCUACCUGAAAGAGACAGGGCUGAUGGUACUCUUUUCCACUUUGCACUACCUGGUGCCAUUCUAAAUUUCUAAGGGGAAACACAGUACGGGAAUUUGUUUACUCUUAACGUAUUUUAUGAAAUCGUGUGUAUUUUCCUAUUUUGCCAAUUAUGUGCCUCAAAGAUUUCAGUUGAACCUUAGCCAGAACAUAGGACCUUCCAUCUCAAUAUUGUGUUAGCCCCUGGUACAGUGGUAGCUCGUAUCUCUUAGACUGCUGUUCACCCAUAAGAUCCCUUCCGUCCGCUGUUCCUCACAAGUGGAUUUGUUUCCAUAGAUGAGCUGGAUUUCUCCUUGGUGAUCAUUUUAGGUUUAGACACUGAGUGCUCGACUCUCCCUAGGCAAGUUACCUUUUUGUAACUCUGCCUUUCCAACCCUAAACUUGCUUAGCAGAGCUGUAAAGUAGACACAGUAUGAAGCCACCAUCAGCCGAGUGCCCACUUGGUUCAUGUCUCUGUGAAUCGUCUCAAAGGGAAGCCAGGCUUUCUAAUUCACCUCAGUUGUAUUUUAGUUAUCAAACUGGGUACCAUGUUGUCCGUGAACUGGUCUUUUUAAAAACCAUUCUUUCUCCAAUGAAUGUUGAAGACCGCCAUGCUGAGAGACGGAAGGAACAGUGUCGCCAUUUUUUUUUUGGUAGCUCUCUGCGCCUCAUGCUGUAAACUUGGUUCAAGAUGUUACAUUUUAAGUGCCUAGGACUCCAGUGUAAGGUGGCCCACCCCAAACUUCAUUACUUGGUAAUGUUCAUUUGUCUAACUUUCUCUCUCAAAAAGUAAUCGGCUUUAAAUCCCUUUAAUCUGAUCGCUUUAAUCACCUCGCUUUAAGUCAUCAUAUUUAACUUAAGUAUGAGUAUGUACUGUCAUCUGCAAAAUCCCCCUGCGGAACCUUCGUGCACCCUUUCAGAUGCCAACGAGAUCUCGAAUCUGUGGGCCUCCAGAAGAAGGAUUGGCAAAGCUAAGGCCAAACUUCGCACGCCACCUGUUUUCACCCGGCCUGCUUGCGAAGAAUGGCUUUCCCGUUGGGCUGGGGGAGAAAAGCUUUUUAAAAAAUAUUUCUUGACACAUGAAAAUUAUUCACAUUUUGGGAUCCAUUAAGUGUUUUGUUGAAACAUGGCCACACAAAUCUGUUUACAAACUCUCCGUGGCUACUUCAGCCCUACAGCGGCAGGGUUGAAACCAGUAACGCACCGUGUGGCGUUCACAGCCUAAAAUAUUUACUAUCUUUGUAGAGAAAGUUUGCUGGGCCCUGACUGCUCCUGCACACCUAGUCUUAACCCCCUCCCCUCCAGUUUGGAUCUGGAUAUUUGUUUCUUCAGCAGAAUAUAUAAAUAAGCCUGCAAGCUAAUUUAUUCUUUAAAAAGAAUACGUUGGCCUCCAGAGUCCGUAAAAGAAAUGGGCUGCUGAAGAAGAUGGGGAGUCCUAGCCACAAAGCCUGGCUUACAGCAUGUUUACUGACCCAUAGUGAGGCCUGCUAGACGGCUUUGGGCUUUUGACAGGUGUUGCCAAGGUCCUGAACUAUGAACUUACUCUGGGAACUAUUGUUCUUCUCCGCUAUUACCUGUUACUGAUACGCGAGCAACGAUAAAAGUAGAGUGGAGCCUGGCCUUCCACCACAGGCUUAGGGUGAUAACUACAUCCAGGAGGGCUGUCUGGGGUGCUUUGAGCCCUGGAUAUCAGGAGCUCCGAAACACUUAGAUGUAGACAUCAUUGUACAGGUGACCGAACUUUACUGACCUCAUUCGCUUCAUGUCUGUCUCCCACCCACCUUCCAGACGUGUUCUCAUACACGCAGGUCAGCUCUCUUUCCUCCGCAAGCCAUGGUUAACUGAGAUCCCCCUCUGUGUCCCUUUCGGCUGAGCGUCUUGUCCAACUGUGUUCUUUUGGGCCACCUCCCUCCUAACCUCUGUCCUGCCCGAUAGAAAAACCCUAGAACACACCCUCUCUCUCAGGCCAGCUCCACUUUUGGAAGCCCAAAUUAUGCCUCUCCCUGAGCUUACUGCUGACAUAAGACCAGUGACCUAAUAUUCGGUUGGGUCACCCAUUGACCGCCGUCGCUCUGGCACGGUUAUUAACAAUGCUCCCUUUUGCUCAGCCGUGGUCCCAUUUUGGGAGACCAAUUACAUGGGCCCCCCUAGCCGCAGGAAGGAAUGAAGAAAGCAGUGUUGUGUUCAGUGUGCAAGCCUGAGGACCUACUGCUGAUAGAGGACUCUUGUUCUAUCCAACCAGACACGGCAAGAAUUUCACCAUUCACGUUUCCCUCGAACUUGUCUAGCCUGUUCAUGGAAACCUACUCAGGCGGUAUUCUGUUUGAAGCUUCAUCUUCCUACAUGGAAAUUAUGAGCAUCUUUCCAGUCUCAUUUUCACUUGGGCUGUUCUAUGGGCUACAUAACCAUUCUGAUAGGCAUCUGCUGUUUUAUUAUCUUAAAAAGACCAUUUAAUUGCACGUGCUAGAGAAAAGCCACCGUGUAAAUUGAAUCUAAGUAAAUAGAAUUCUAGAGGAAUCCUGAGGAAAAAAAAAAAUCCUCCCUAAGCAGAUAGGUAGACAGAUGUAAACAUUCACAUCAGUAGCCUUCUAGCUUCUGCAUUCUGAGCAUUCUCGCUUUGGUUCUGACUUCUGGGAACUGUUUUACACUUUUCCUGUAGGAUCGUAGUUAAGAGAACUGAAGGGUCACGGGGCAAAAGUAUUGUUUUCCCAAAGUGGCCCUGCUCUUUGCCUAGUUCCUUGAUUAGGAAAGAGAACAUAAAUCUGCACUGAAGUUUCUGUCAGAGUGAGAAAGUUUGCUGGAGGGCAAUCAAUAGCUGGGUGUGGAAAAAAUCCUGAGGGCCUUACUGAAGCCAUACAGUGUGUUAUGGAGUUACCUUCUAAGCCACACUCCGAUAUGUGUGAGGAAGUCACUACACUAAGCUUUUGUGUUAUCAAGAUCUCAUUUUAAGUAUCUGGUUACGGUACUACAUUUGCAACUCAUCUAAUCACAAUGCCUCAGUAGUUUGCUCCCUUAGAAACAUUUAGAUGUGCACAAUUAAUCUUUUCUAUAUUUGAAAGUUUUUCUACCAUGUAUUGGAUUGCUCAGAAUAAAGUGUCUAUUAGACUUUGGUAAAUAACUGAUUUCUCCCUAAAUAGCGUGGAUUAAUAAUAUAAAGAUAUGUAACAACACCAUAUAAAAAUAUCUAUAUAGCCUCUCUGUAUAAUUCAGAAAUAAAAAUUGAUUCCACAA